UGAUGGUCUUGUGUGAACCUGAGUCAAUUCAACAAUUCAAUUCAAUUUAACCAACAUUUAUUAAGAGCAUUUAUUAAUUAUCAGGCACUCAGCUCUGCAACAGAAUCUCCCAGAGGUCACUGAGUCAGUCAAGAGCCUUGUUGAAGGCAAAUUAUCUAACCUACUCAGUACAGAUCUGGUUUAUUUCCUGCCCUGUGUCUAUUCAUUUCUCCAUCACUUUCAGGAACUAGAAGGAUGCACUGGGAUGGGCAGGUACUUGAUUGGGAAAGUCAAAGGAUGUUACAUUAGGGUAGUGCCAUGUCAGGCUGAAUAAGCAAAGAUGCAGCCAGGCAGGGCAGCAGGUGGGUCCUGGCAGCCAAACUGAGUUGGACACUGGGGUAGUCUGAUGGCCACCAGAAAGGAGUGGGGGUCACAGGGAAAGGAAUCCAGGUCCUGGGGAAGAAGGGGAUUAGGCACCAAAGCAGUGACUUCAGGCUCACAAACAAGACAAGAACACAGUUAACAAGGCGGAGCGGGCUUAAUUACAAUGAACAACGUAAGGGUCUAGUUACUAGAACUGAAGUACAAGCUCAGCAAACAGUAGAUCUGAUUUGAUUGGUGCAAAGCCCUCAUCUACGAAUCAAUUCAAUUUCACAAAUGUUUAUUAAAUACCGACCAUGAACUGUACUAGGUAUUGGGCAUACAAAGAUGAAAUUAGGUCAGUUUCUGUCCUCAGAACUUACAAUCUAAGAAGGAUGAUAACACAUGUACACAAAUAAAUGAUAUAAAAUACCAAAAGGAAGGGUUUAAACAAAGCAAAUUUGUGGUGGGCGUGAUCAUUUUCAGCUGGGGAAAUCAAACUCAGAGGAGCUGGGCCAUGAAACAGCUUUCCCCAACCUAGAGGCUGGACCAAGCCCCAGAAACUCAGGACAUGCCUAAGUCUAAUUAUCAGAUCCCUGAUCCCAGAGCCUAGGACAGGUCAAGGAUUAAAUGAUGCUAGCCAUGGGGACUAAAAGAAUAUAGGGGCAGAGAGUCAAGCCAUCUCUCAACACCCCUCCCUAGAUACAUGUCCUCUUGAGAAGGCAGCUCUCUCUCUCUCUCUCUGUCUCCUUUUCCAGGUGUAAGGGGGAGGACACACUCCCAAUCCUAGGCUUGGGGUACCCUCAGGAGAUCACCUAGAACACAACAGUGGUGGGGGUGAAAGUAGGAACUACUAUAGAUGAUCUUUAUCAGCGGUGAGAGCCUAAGAUGAAAACCCACAGGUAUUACACAAUUGACUAUUGUCAUCUUAUUUCCUGGGGUUGGCUGUCCAGCCUCCAGUUAGCUCUAUUGUUUUAAUAAUGUCCAGACCCGUGCUGGUCACUGAAGGUAACAAGAUGGGGGAUGUGAGAUUCUGAAGUGACUUUCCAUUCUCUGAGAGCAGUGGGAUCUUGUGGGGGCCCAAACCAUCAUCUUCCCAACUCUCCAAGACUUUGAAGGAGUACAAUGCAAGGGAUGCAAUGCAACCUGAGCUCAUCCCCUACCUUGUCAGCCUUCCUGGCCCCAGUGCUGGCUUUGGAGUGUAUCGUGGGGCUGGCGGGCAAUGGCUUUGCACUCUUCAUCUUCUGCUUCCACAUACGACCUUGGAGGUCUAACACCAUUUUUCUCCUGUGCCUAGUUGUUGCUGAUUUCCUCCUGAUUAUCAACUUACCCUUUCGAGUGGAUUAUUAUGUCCACAGCCAGACUUGGAAUUUCGGGCUUGGUGCCUGCAAGGCUAACCUCUUCAUGCUGUCCACCAACCGUACAGCCAGCAUUGUCUUCCUCACUGCUAUUGCAUUCAAUCGAUAUCUAAAGGUGGUAUGGCCCCACCACACACUAAGCAAGGCAUCUUCAGGGUCAGCAGCCCAAGUAUCUGUGGGGCUGUGGGUGCUCAUCCUGUUUAUGAAUGUGCCCCUACUCCUCAACAAUCCCCAGCCCCUCUACUCCCAUGCCUCUUGCCUCAGCUUUACAACAAACACUGAAGACUCUACCGCCCAGCGCUGGCACCAUAUACUCUAUGGGCUGGAAUUCUUUCUGCCAUUGGGAAUCAUCCUCUUCUGUAUCUUCAGCAUCAUCUUCGUUAUCAGACAACGGAACCUGGGCAAGAAAGCAGGGGCACGCCGGGCGAUGCUUGUCCUGGGAGUAGUUGUUGCUGUCUACUUUUUCUGCUUCUUGCCCAGCAUUGUCUCUGCGAUAGCCUCUGUCCUAGCUAUGCGAUUCAAGGACUGCCAUGCCCUCAACAUCUGUACAGAGCUGUUCCACGGAGCACUGGCCUUCACCUACCUCAACAGCACCCUUGAUCCUGUGCUCUACUGUUUCUCCAGCCCUAACUUUCUCCACCAGAGCAAGAUGCUGCUCUGUAGGGGGGACCAGUCAGCUGGAAUAAAUCACGAGCAAGAAGGUGAUGGCGGCAGCUCUUUCUAUCCAACCAGGCAGAUGGAUUCAAGGAGAGUGGAUGCAGGAACUUUGCAGGAUUAGGUCCAGAUAUUGGUCUCUAGGUGAGGAACCAAGCAACUCUUUGCCCUACUCCCCCGGCUUUAUCUAUCAUUGGGAAAAUAUCUGAGAACCUUGGGUAAAGGGAUUUGAUUACUCUGGCCACUAAGUUCCAUCACACAAAUUUUGGUGGAUGGGAAUAGAAUCUGUCCCAGUCACCCCUCGAUCUUUAAGACAUUUAAAAAGAGAGGACUGGCUGGUCAUGGCUGGGUUUCUUGGGUGAUAUGGUAAGACUUCUCCAGGUCCCAAUCUCAAACCAGUGUGGGAAGGCUUGGAAGAUGAAGUGAGCCCUAGGAAUUGGAAGGGCCUUGGAGAUGUAUCAUGCUUGGUUGCUUCAAAGCUAAGUCCAGCCGUAGCUGUUACUAGUUCUCCUGUUCUGCCUUAAUAAACCAAACUCGUGGAAGGAACACUUAA